AGAACACGCUGGGCAGAUUGCGGGUGAGCUGGGUUCCAGAGCCUGCUUUCGAGCCACCGGCCACGGUUCCAUGCGUGACGUUCCUAUGAAGGUUGGAAUUUUGAACCCUUGAAAAGAAACCGGCAAAUUAGGCACGAAUCCCCCUGUGCCUUGGCCCUGCCUCUUUGGAGGGACCCUGUGGAGUGCGGAGCCGGGUCCCAUUUGGCCGUUGCAAACGGGGGAGUGUCGGGAAGCACUUGUGCCAUGGGGGAGGGGUGUCCGGUUUCUCGGAGGAGACAUUUGCUCCUUCAGCUUCCCAGCCGCCAUGGAGACCGUGGUGAUCGUGGCCAUCGGUGUGCUGGCCACCAUCUUCCUGGCGUCCUUCGUGGCGCUGGUGGUGGUCUGCAGGCAGCGCUACUGCCGGCCCAAGGAUCUGCUGCGCCAUUAUGACACCAAGCCGAUUGUUGACCUGAUCGGGGCGAUGGAGACACAGUCGGAGCCCUCGGAGCUGGAGCUGGACGACGUGGUGAUCACAAACCCUCAUAUCGAGGCCAUUCUGGAGAACGAAGACUGGGUCGAAGAUGCUUCGGGCCUGGUCUCUUCCCCCGCCAGCCUGAGCGACGUCAUGGUGGUGGCAAAGCGCAUCAGCCCCAGGGUGGAUGAUGUUGUGAGGUCCAUGUACCCUCCUCUGGACCCCAAGCUUCUGGAUGCCCGGACCACAGCCCUGCUGCUGUCAGUCAGCCACCUCGUCCUGGUGACCAGGAACGCCUGCCACCUGACCAGCGGCAUGGCCUGGAUCGACCAGUCGCUGUCGGCCGCCGAGGAGCACCUGGCCGUGCUGCGCGAGGCCGCGCUGGCCAGCGAGCCCGAGAGGAGCAUUGCAGGCGGUGCAGAAAGCCUCCAGCAGGAGCAGUCUGCUAUCUGAUGGCGGUGCCGCCCACCCGGGCCAGGCUGGUGCCCGCAUUCUCGGGACUCCCGAGACUCCCGUGCCUGCGCCAAGCCCAGCGCGUAGUGUCCCUGCUGCUUUGUAGUUGGGUUGCAGCGCCCGGCGCGCGGGACAGGGGCGCUGAUCAAUAAAACCCCCACCAGAAAGCA